UCCCCCCGACUCCCCUGCAAAAGCGGACUGAGGUGCCCGCCCCUCGGUGCCUGCUCGUCCCGCACAGCACCAUGGCUGGGAGGGAACGAGAAGGAAGGGCCAUCAGAGCCCCUGAGGAGUCACCGGAGACCAACAGUUGGGCAGGGAGAACUCCCUCCCACCUGCCCGGAAACAGCCCCUAUCGCGCUGUGGUGCCCACUCCACCUCCCCCACCUGGAACACUGUCCCCAGCUGGGCAGGGGACUGCAGGGCCACAGCCCACGGACGGCAUCCUGCCCGAGGUGUGGGCAGGACUGUUCCGUCGACAGCAGCAUCUCCUGGACCGCGUGUGGCCCUGCCUGCGCCAGAGGCUGGAGGGAAUAUACUGGGACCAGUGGUGGCUGGUGGAGGACGUACAGAGCAUCAUCCUGUACAGCCUCUGCCUCUACGGACCAAAUGUAGAGGUCUUGGUGGAGAUCAUGGAGCCUCUGCUCAACGAGCACGCGGCACCACUGAUCCACAGCAUCAGCAGUGUCAUCGUGGGCCGGUGCAGUGAGGAGGCACAGAGACUGCUGGGCUCCGCUGCUACCAGGGAUGUGAACAAUGGCCCUGUGGCCAGUUCUAGAUUCAGAUCCAGCAGCUCCAGCUCCAGCAGCUCUAGGUCCAGCAGCUGGCCUGCAGGCUCCAAAGUGGAGGAGGAAGCUGGUACAUCAGCAUCCGCCUCUCCUGGCAGUCCCAGGAAAUGAGAGGAUCUGUGUGUUGGAACAAUAAAACAUAACGGAUCUGUGAAAAUA